AUGGGUGCAUACAAGUAUUUGGAAGAAUUGCAAAGAAAGAAGCAAUCAGACGUUUUGAGAUUCUUGCAAAGAGUCAGAGUCUGGGAAUACAGACAAAAGAACGUCAUCCACAGAGCCUCCAGACCUUCCAGACCAGACAAGGCCAGAAGAUUGGGCUACAAGGCUAAGCAAGGUUUCGUUAUCUACCGUGUCAGAGUUAGACGUGGUAACAGAAAGAGACCUGUGCCAAAGGGUGCUACUUACGGUAAGCCAACCAACCAAGGUGUUAACCAAUUGAAGUACCAAAGAUCUUUGAGAUCUACUGCCGAGGAGAGAGUUGGAAGAAGAGCUGCUAACUUGAGAGUCUUGAACUCCUACUGGAUCAACCAAGACUCUACAUACAAGUACUUCGAGGUCAUUUUGGUCGAUCCUUCUCACAAAGCCAUUAGAAGAGAUGCAAGAAUCAACUGGAUCGCUAACCCUGUUCACAAGCACCGUGAAAGCAGAGGUCUAACUUCUAUUGGUAAGAAGUCCAGAGGUAUCAACAAGGGUCAUAGAUUCCACAACACUCAAGCUGGUAGAAGAAAGACCUGGAAGAGACAAAACACUUUGUCUCUAUGGAGAUACAGAAAAUAA